UACGCAAGCAAGAGCUUGCAUUUCUCAUUUGAUAGAAAUUUAUAUCCCAGAAGGAGCGAUGUUGCUUCAUUUGAUUUUCAUACUGGCUGCUGUUUGUUUGUCACAAGGAGAGAAGUUAUGUUUGAGUGAUGAGGUAUGUGGUAACGGCUGUGAACCAUCGGGACUCCACAUUGGAAAGUGUCUUCAGCAGAGAUGUUUUUGCGUUGCACUCCCGGGAAAACGUGGCACGAAUAAUUACAUUUUAGAAGGGGAAUGCUCUUCUGCGUUCGAGUGCCAUGAACGGUGUGCGCCAACGGGGAUGUUUUUCGGUCGAUGUCUUGGUGACAGAUGCAGUUGCUAUACAUUGAUGGGGAAACGUUUUGUAAGACCUAACACGUGUCUAACUUCUGCUGACUGUGAGAAACUCCAGCAGUGUCGCGGGGAAUUCCAGUACAGCGACUUAUGUAUAGACGGGGUUUGUGGAUGUGGAUUUGCACAAACGGGUUAAUUUGACUUCUACAAAGAGCCUGAGCCAAAAGAGGGGCUGGGAUCCGAGGCAACUGUAGCAUCCUGGAAAGUUAGUUGUUAUUUGGUUGAAUAUAGCAAUCUCACACAAACCAUUAAAGCCUCUC